UAUAGUAAACUGCAAGUAAGCCUCUCAGGCUUUUAUCACUGUCGAUGUUUAUAGGAAAACGAUAUGGCUUUUACGUUGUGGACACUUUUUGAAGCAACUUUAUUAUGUUUGAAUGCAGUUUGUGUUUUAAACGAAGAAAGAUUUCUUGCCAAAGUUGGGUGGGCGUCAUGGCAAAAUGUCCAAGGAUUUGGUGAGCCUCCUACCGCUAAGACACAAAUAUUGAACCUUAUUAAGUCAAUACGAACUGUGAUGAAAGUUCCACUAAUAUUCUUCAAUAUCUUGACAAUAAUUGUGAAGCUUGUGUUAGGAUGAUGCAUGAGUUACAGUAUAGGUGUACAAAUAAAACGCUGUGUGUGAACCAAACUGAAUGAUGUCUAUGUAAUGAAAACUUAUUAAAUUAUAUUUACCUUUGUGAUAAAACAAUAUCUUGUC